GUUCUUGGCUCUGCCCGAAGGACCCCAGCGGCCGCCCAUGCCGAGCUGAGUCCGCGGAGCCCCGACCGCUUCCCGUCGCCGUCCGCCGCCGCCUCUGCGGCCUGCAGCCCGCCGUGAUGCUGGAGGAAGCGGGCGAGGUGCUGGAGAACGUGUUGAAGGCGUCGUGCCUGCCGCUCGGCUUCAUCGUCUUCCUGCCCGCCGUGCUGCUACUCGUGGCGCCGCCGCUGCCCGCCGCCGACGCCGCGCACGAGUUCACCGUGUACCGCAUGCAGCAGUAUGACCUGCAGGGCCAGCCGUACGGCACACGGAAUGCAGUGCUCAAUACAGAGGCGCGCACGGUGGACGCGGAUGUGCUGAGCCGCCGCUGCGUGCUUAUGCGGCUUCUGGACUUUUCCUAUGAGCACUACCAGAAGGCCUUGCGACAGUCAGCAGGUGCUGUGGUCAUCAUCCUGCCCCGAGCCAUGGCUGCCGUGCCCCAGGACGUUGUCCGGCAAUUCAUGGAGAUCGAGCCUGAGAUGCUGGCUAUGGAGACCGUGGUCCCCGUGUACUUUGCCGUGGAGGAUGAGGCUCUGCUGUCCGUCUAUGAGCAGACUCAGGCUGCCUCUGCCUCCCAGGGCUCUGCCUCUGCUGCUGAAGUGCUGCUGCACACGGCCACGGCCAAUGGUUUCCAGAUGGUGACCAGCGGAGCCCAGAGCCAGGCGGUGAGCGACUGGCUGAUCACCAGCGUGGAGGGACGGCUGACAGGGUUGGGAGGUGAGGAUCUCCCCACCAUUGUCAUUGUCGCUCACUACGAUGCCUUUGGGGUGGCCCCGUGGCUGUCGCUGGGCGCCGACUCGAACGGCAGUGGCAUCUCGGUGCUGCUGGAGCUGGCUCGUCUCUUCUCGCGCCUCUACACGUACAAGCGCACACACGCAGCGUACAACCUCCUGUUCUUUGCGUCGGGAGGGGGCAAGUUCAACUACCAGGGCACCAAGCGCUGGCUGGAGGACAGCCUGGACCACACAGACUCAAGCCUGCUGCAGGAUAAUGUGGCCUUUGUGCUGUGCCUGGACACCGUGGGCCGGGGCAGCCACCUGCGCCUCCAUGUGUCAAAGCCUCCUCGGGAGGGGACGCUGCAGCACGCCUUCCUGCGUGAGCUGGAGACCGUGGCUGCACACCAGUUCCCGGACGUCAGCUUCUCCAUGGUGCACAAGAAGAUCAACCUGGCAGAUGACGUGCUGGCCUGGGAGCACGAGCGCUUCGCCAUCCGCAGGCUGCCCGCCUUCACGCUGUCUCACCUGGAGAGCCACCGCGCGGGGCCGCGCAGCAGCAUCAUGGACGUGCGGUCCCGGGUGGACUCCAAGACCCUGACACGGAACACACGGAUCAUUGCUGAGGCCCUAACUCGGGUCAUCUAUAACCUGACGGAGAAGGGGACGCCCCCGGACAUGCCGGUGUUCACGGAGCAGAUGGUCCAGCAGGAACAGCUAGACUCAGUCAUGGACUGGCUCACCAACCAGCCUCGGGCUGCCCAACUGCUGGACAAGGAUGGGACGUUCCUGAGUACGCUGGAGCACUUUCUGAGCCGCUACCUGAAGGACGUGCGGCAGCACCAUGUGAAGGCUGACAAGCGGGACCCUGAGUUUGUCUUCUAUGACCAGCUAAAGCAGGUGAUGAAUGCAUACAGGGUCAAGCCAGCCAUCUUCGACCUGCUGCUAGCCGUGUGCAUCGGGGCAUACCUCGGCUUGGCGUACACGGCCGUCCAGCAUUUCCACGUGCUGUACAGGGCUGUGCAGAGGCUGCUGCUGAAGGCCAAGGCGCAGUGACAGCGGCGUGCACAGGUGGCCCAGGAGGGACCGGCCCGCGCCCGCGCCCGCAGCCCGAAGCAGAAGGUUUUCAUCAGUCACUGGGACACGGGGGCGCUGCCCCUUCCUGUGCAUUUCCUCGAACUUCCUGGAGGAGAUCCCGCCCACCUGCAGAUGAGCCCAAUGGAUAGAAUGGUCACCCCGCCACAUGCACUGAAGGCCGCAUGCCGUGGUGGCCUCCCCAGUGGCCGGGUCCCUGCAGCCUGCGCCUCCACAGCUCCCCAGGCUGCCUCCUGGCUCUGGCCAGCACCCGGCUGUGGCUCCCGUUUCCCCGGCCUCUCCCCCUCUUGUCUCCUUGGCCACCAUUGGACCCAGCCGGUCCCCAGCUGAACCUGAGCCACCCGGUGUUCCGGCCUCACCAUCUUUCCCCUCCGGCAAAUGUCCCCUCCACCCAGGUCCAGGUGUUGGUGACAGGGCAGGGGGUGGCCUGAGUGGCGGCCUGCUGCCCUGAGGUUUUCCCUCCUUCCUUCUCCCCUUCCCCGUAGUCUCCCUUCCUCUGAUGCAUUCUGGGAAGGUGGCUCCUCUGUCACAGUCCCGGGACAGCCCUCUGGUACCAGCCAAGGGAGGGAAAGGGAGAGAUGUCCGUCCUGGCAGUCCACCUCAGGGGCCCUACGGUGAAUCUACUGGAUUCAAUAGCAAUAUGACCCAGGGGGGUUGCUGGGGCCAGCCUCUGGUGUCCCUCCAGCACCUGCUGAGGGAGGCCUGGCCCGCUGUGCUGCCUCUGCCUCGCAGCAGUGGUGGCUGUCACCCUUGGUGGCACUUGUGUCGUGGUGAGAGGGACCGGCCUGCUGCCCUGGCCCUGGGCACUCUCACUCCACGGACUGCUGGGGUGCAGCCCCUACUCUAGUCCUCACAGCUGGCUACAGGCCUGAGGCCGCUGCCACCCGUCACUGUGGGCCGCCUCUAUCCAGACAGGUCUGGGGACGGUGGCAGGGGUCUACGGUUGGCAGGUUAGAAAAAUAAAAGCCAUAUUGAAGGA